CCCCCCACCCCCCCCCCACCAAGAAUGGCACUUAGGGAGGGGCUUGCAGAUUCCAGGGUCAAGGUUUUCAGAGUAAAGGAGAGGACGUUCAAGAUUGGGAAACGCAGAGCAGGGUGGGUAGGGAGUGUCCAGAGAUGGGGGUUCUGGCCAGCGCUUAGCACCCUCUUCAAUUUCUCAGGCUCCGCCCGCCCUGCCCCCCACCCCAAAGUCACCACGUGGCCCCUGGCCGCCGCAAUCGCUUUCCUGACGGUGGCCUUGUCAGAAGACAUCUCUCAGCAGUACCUCAAGAUUCUCAAUGGCACCAGUGGGACCAAUGGGCUCCUCCCCAGUGGCUACACCUGCCCCCCACUCUCAGCCUGGAAGGUAGCCCUACUAAUGCAAGGGCGGCCGCUCUGUGGGGGGGGGGUCCUGAUCCACCCAAGAUGGGUCCUCACUGCAGCACAUUGUCUAAAGGACGGGUACAGAGUAUACCUGGGCAAGGACGCCCUGGGGCAUGUGGAAGAUGGAGAGCAGGUGAGGGAGGUAGUUCGAUAUCCCCACCCUCUAUACCAGAUCAGCCCCACCCACCUGAGCCAUGACCGCAACAUCCUGCUUCUGGAACUGCAGUCCUCGGUCCAGCUCACGAGCCACAUCCAAAUCCCGCCCUUCUCCCACCACGACUGCCUCCCUGCUGGCACCUGCUGUCUGGUGUCUGGUUGGGGCACCACCACCAGCCCCCAGGUGAGUUACCCCCAAACCCUCCAAUGUGCCAACAUCAAACUAUGCUCAGGUGAGGAAUGUCAUCAAGUCUACCCGGGGAAGAUCACAUCCAACAUGCUUUGUGCCAGCACAAAAGAGGGUGGCAAUGACUCCUGUGAGGGCGACUCCAGGGGUCCCGUGAUCUGUAAUGGAACACUCCAUGGCAUCAUCUCCUGGGGAGACUUCCCACGUGGACAGCCCAACCGGCCUGGUGUCUACACCCGAGUCUCUCAGUGUGUUACAUGGAUCCAAGAAACAAUCCGAAAACGGACAACUCGGGAGUAGAAAUGGACGAAGGGCCCACAGUAAAAGGCGGGUUGGCUUCCCUGCCUCCUUACUCGGUUUGCCUAGCCCUUCUCUGUCCCUCCCAAAGUGUUCCGCUUGAACCAGUGACCCAUGUUUUCAAAAUACCCAAUCCCAGCGGACAUCACAUGUUUCAAAAGCAUUCGGUUACUUUCAGCAUCAUGGUCUCCCAGACGUUGCACCCCUGAAACAUCCCAGCCCCCUGAACG